GAGAGAGAGAGAGAUUUCUAACGCUCGACAAUUAAACCCUUUAAUGUCGAUUCAUUUUUCGACCAUGUGUCCCUUCCAAUUUCACAAUUUACCAUUCUCAGCGAUUAGGGUUUUACCGCUUUAUCUUCUUUCUUGAUCAAGAACCACUGAUUCUGAACCUGCGUCUUUGAGUUUGAGCAACAAAAAUGGAUCUUCCUCCAGAAAUCGACCAUUACAUCAAGGAAUCCAUUGAUCACUGCUUGGGGCUUCCCGUGUCUUCCCGAACCCUCGCCUUCAAGCUUCGUGCCUCCCAAGAGUCACAGCGGCAACUCCAAGACCAGCACAUUCUCCUACAAGCAAAAUUGAAGGAGAAAGAUGAACUCAUCGAACGCGCUAGGUCUGAGGCGUCUAUGAACGCGCUAGCGGUGAAGAAGUUCGUCGAAGAGAAUCAGAAAUUGGCGUUAGAGUGUGAGAAUCUGGUGGGCCAGUGCCAGAAAUUGGAAAGGGAAUGUGCACUCUAUGAUCAUGAUAGGGAAGCGUUGAUGGAGUUUGGGAACGAAGCUGAUGAACGGGCGCAGGAGGCUCACAAGCGUUCCCUUGAGUUGGAACAGGAUUUGAUCGUGUUGGAGCAUGAGUUGAAGAAAUACAAGCACGAGAACGAAUCGGUUGAUUCUUCUUCUGCAAGGACCCUCGGGGAAGAGAAUUUGCUUGAUUCCCUUUUAGCAACAGUCACUAGUGAAGAUGAGUCUUCUACAUAUGCAUUCUUAUAUGCAAAUAGUGAAAAUGAGCACUGUAAGAAGUUGCUGACAAUGUGGAACUGCUUAAAGCCAUCAACUCGGAGAAUUUUGGCUCUUGCUGCUGAAGUCAAAUCUCUAGAAAAUGAUAAGGAGCAUCUAAGGGUUAAUCUUCGCAGAGCUGAAGAGGAGGUCAAAUUACUUUUUGAUGAAAAUAGAAUAUUGGAUGAGGAGAACAAAAGAUUAGUGAGGCAAUGCAAGGAAAGAAACCAUCCGGGUUCUGGUGGGACACAUACUAGCAGUGCAUCUGCCAAGUCAAACAAGAGAAAAUCUAACAAGAGAAAAUCUAGUAGUCCCAAGACAAGUAGCCCAAUGGCGACGAAGAUUGAUUUUGAUGACACAGAUUCAGCAAGGCAACCACUGUCACCUCUACUAUAUAACUCUCCGGACUGUCGCAUGCAUAAGAAGUAAAGUGAUUAGUGUCAAUAACAGGCCUGAUAAUUUCUUCAAUACAAAGUUAUGAUAGUGUGUCCGAUUUACAGAUGGGUUAAUUAAUCAGUUCGCCUAUUUGUCGCUUGUAAGAAUUGCCAUGGAUCACUCUUUAAUGGA